GUUGCAGCAACAGCAGUUGCACCAGCAGCAGCAACAGCAGUUGCAGCAGUUGCACCAGCAGCUGCAACAGCAGUUGCAGCAAGAGCAGCUGCAGCAGCACCAGCUGUAGCAGCACCAGCUGCAACAACAACCGAUCGCGUGGUCAACAACCCAACCACCAAGGCUGGCGGUGGCAACAACUUUGACACGGCCAACAACAACGACGAGACAACAACCAACAACAACAACAACCACCACCACCAUCAUCACCACCACCAGUUGCAGCUGCAACUGCAGCCGUCCUUGACGCAGCAGGGAUAGCAACAACAACAACAACAUAAAUGGAUGCGUCCAGAAACCUGGUUGGACCACGAGAGGACAACGCCAUUGCACCGCUUGGGAGUCGCCGAUUCCCACAGCGUCACCGCCGGUUCCCCCACCGUCACCGCCGUCACGGCCGAUUCCUCCACCGUCACCACCGGUUCCUCCACUGUCACCACCGGUUCCUCCACCGUCACCGCCGAUUCCUCCGCCGUCACCGCCGGUUUCACCACCGUCACCACCGGUUCCCCCACCGUCACCGCCGGUUCCUCCACCGUCACCACCGCGUUCGUCAUCACCGGCACUGUUACCAUCGUCAACAUCGUUAUCAUCACCCCCACCAGCAUGAUUAUAAUCAGCAUGGUCAUACCGUCUUCAGCAUCGUCAGCAUGGUCAUACCAUUUUCAACGUCACCAUGGUCAUACCAUCUUCAGCAUCAUCACCAUGGUCAUACCAUCUUCAGCAUCGUCACCAUCAGCAUGGUCAUACCAUCUUCAGCAUCGUCACCAUCAGCAUGGUCAUACCAUCUUCAGCAUCGUCACCAUCAGCAUGGUCAUACCAUCUUCAGCAUUGUCAGCAUGGUCAUACCAUCUUCAGCAUCGUCAGCAUGGUCAUACCAUCUUCAGCAUCGUCACCAUCAGCAUGGUCAUACCAUCUUCAGCAUCAUCAGCAUGGUCAUACCAUCUUCAGCAUCUUCAGCACUAUGGUCAUACCAUGUUCAGCAUCACCAUGGUCAUACCAUCUUCAGCAUCAUCACCAUGGUCAUACCAUCUUCAGCAUCGUCACCAUCAGCAUGGUCAUACCAUCUUCAGCAUCAUCAGCAUGGUCAUACCAUCUUCAGCAUCAUCACCAUCAGCAUGGUCAUACCAUCUUCAACAUCGUCACCAUCACCAUGGUCAUACCAUCUUCAGCAUCAUCACCAUCACCAUGGUCAUACCAUCUUCAGCAUCGUCAGCAUGGUCAUACCAUCUUCAGUAUCGUCACCAUCAGCAUGGUCAUACCAUCUUCAACAUCGUCACCAUCACCAUGGUCAUACCAACUUCAGCAUCGUCAGCAUGGUCAUACCAUCGUCAGCAUCACCAGCAUGGUCAUACCAUCUUCAGUAUCGUCAGCAUGGUCAUACCAUCUUCAGCAUCGUCACCAUCAGCAUGGUCAUACCAUCUUCAACAUCGUCACCUCCACCAUGGUCAUACCAUCUUCAACAUCAUCACCAUGGUCAUACCAUUUUCAACGUCACCAUGGUCAUACCAUCUUCAGCAUCAUCACCGCCAUGGUCAUCAAUGUUAUCACCACAAUCAUCAUCACCACGACUCAUCAUUAUUAUUUUUUGUCCACAUUUCCCUGGGAUUUCACAGCAGUGUAGUGAUAUUUACUCCCUCCCCCCCCCCCUAAAUUUUAAAAUCCACAAUUCUCUGGAUCUAUAAAUCUAUAAAACAGCCCAAGUUGUCUCUUCAUCUGCAAGGUGUAUCUGCAAAGUCGGCUCGGAAUCCAGAAUGGGGGUCCCCCCCCCCCCCCCCAA